AUGAUCAACUAUAUCAAAUGUUCCCCCACAAAGGGUUUCCUGAACCGUACGGCUCCGGUUACCAUCGCAAAAUUACUUAACUUCAUGUCCGGGGUAUAUCUUGUACCGAUGAUCGACAGAUGGAAUAUUGUUCAAAGCUUGAUGCUUGAUGCUUGUUCACAGACGGACACUGACUCGCGCUAA